GCUUCCCGCCGCCUUUCCCGUCCGGUUCGGGCUCUGGGUCUGCUCGGUGGCAGUGGGAGCGCGCAGGCGCGGCGGGCGGCUGGCGGAUCGCAGAGUAGCGGCGCGUGGCGCGUGGGAAUCAUCAUCCAGGGACCUGCUGGAGACCACGAGAAAAAUGGGGAGGGUUUUCCUUCCAGGAGAAAAAGCCAAUUCAGUAUUAAAACGCUACCCAAGAGCCAAUGGAUUUUUUGAAGAAAUAAGACAGGGCAACAUUGAGCGUGAGUGCAAAGAAGAAGUCUGCACAUUCGAAGAAGCAAGAGAAGCUUUUGAAAAUAAUGAAAAAACCAAGGAGUUUUGGAGCACCUAUACAAAAGCACACCAAGGAGAGAGUAACAGAGGAAGUGACUGGUUUCAAUUUUACCUUACCUUUCCAUUGAUCUUUGGGCUAUUCAUUAUCCUCCUUGUCAUUUUUCUAAUCUGGAGAUGCUUCCUGAGGAACAAAACUCGUAGACAGACAGUGACUGAGGGCCACAUUCCUUUCCCUCAGCACCUGAAUAUUAGCACUCCUCCUCCCCCACCAGAUGAAGUGUUUGAUAGCAGUGGGUUGUCUCCAGGCUUUUUGGAAUAUGUGGUUGGGCGCUCAGAUUCUGUCUCCACACGCCUGUCCAACUGUGACCCCCCACCGACCUAUGAAGAGGCUACUGGCCAGGUGAACAUGAGGAGGAGUGAAACAGACCCUCAUUUAGACCCACCUCCAGAGUAUGAAGACAUCGUCAACUCCAACUCAGCCAGUGCCAUUGCUAUGGUGCCUGUGGUCACCACCAUCAAAUGAAGCUGCAAACUUCUUUCUACUCUAAUCGUUUUUAAAAUACUAAUGAAAGGAUUUUCUAGCACUUUACCACUACAUAAAUGUGCAUUGUCUUAUUUUAUUAUACCUUACAAUGUACCACUUCACACUUUGAUUUCCUUUAAUUUUGUUUCCUACUAUAAAAUCAUUAUCUGUGCUCAUUUUUCCUAGUGAAUAUAUGUGAAGAAAGAAAAAGCAUACUAGUGGAGGUCUUCAUGUGAUGCAAGGAGGUAUACAUAUAUAUGUAUGUGUAUGCAUAUGUACAUAUAUAUAUGUGUGGGUAUCAACACAGUAUAUGGGCUACUGUCUUAAAAAGUCUUGAACUUCUAUUUCGAUCACUUAUGAAGAGAGUAUUACUCAUAAAAAUUGGAGGAAAAGGCACCAACAAUUUGUGUAACAGAUAGCCAGUCACAUGCUGUUAAAUUUUGCAAAUAAGAUGGACCUAGCAUGUUUUCUAAUUCUUACUGGCUUUUGUUAACCUCCUAAUUCUCCACCUACCUUCUAAAGUAAAAUCGUGCAUGUAGUAAAUGUUGAUUUUAGAAACACCUGAGAGAGAGAGAGAGAACACUAAAUAAAUAACUUGCUUACAGUGUGCAGCAAGAAUAUCAUUGGUCAUUAAUGGCAUUUGGUGAAUUUUAUAAUAGGGAUUUUUUUUUUGGUUGACCACUCCUCCCACCCAUGGAAAAUUAUACCAUAUUUGCUUACCAUCUCUGAAUGUCUCGUGAUUUGAAUUAAUAUCUUGGGUAGAGAACAUUCUCUGGCAGCAGAAUAACUUUUAAAGUGCAUAUAUAUAUUCAUAUAUAUGUGUGUGUAUGUGUGACAGGGAAUAGAUACUGAUUACUCCUUUGCUCACAUGUGGCAAUACUAUUUUCUUCUAGCUGAUUCAUUACCUUUUACUUUGCUAUCUAUUCUCUCAUCUACCACAGACUCUUCAACUACCUGAGUUGAAUUAAAAUGAAAAUUUUGAAAUUAUUUUCUAAAUGUUUUUAUAUAUGUUGAAUUCUUGGCCUCAAGAUUAUUAGGAGACAAUUUUCCAUUCAAUUAAGAACUGUCACUUUUAAAUUGGUCUCCAAUUGUUGGAGGAAGAUUGCAAAAUCAACUUAUAUCCCUUCUCAUGACUGUUGCCAUUUCAUUUUGUAUUUUCAUCAGAUUUUCUUUCUAACUGCAGGAAUUUUAUUUUUGUCUUGGAAUGGAGAGAACUGGUUGUGAUUGAACUGCAUACAUGAACUGGGUCCAAAAGGAAAAGUUAAGACUGUGGCUUCCUAAGAGCGUCCAUUUUGUGUGCACUGAUGGAAAAUUCAGUAAGUGUGUUCAAGGAAAUAUCUCUGCCACUCCCCAGCCUCCUUAGUGUUGGAGAAAAUGGUUGAUGAGCAGAGAGAAUGCCAAUUUCAGUGGGUCAUUCCCUGCUGGCUCCAUCUCCAUCCCCACCAACCCUCCCAAAUCCUGCUUGGAACCAAAGGGAGGAGGAGGAGUGUCUGGGGCUUCCUGAACCUGGAGUCAGAUGGCCUUAAUCUUAAUUCUGCUCUGCCACAUACUUGCCAUGUUACCUUGGGCAAGACCCAUGUCUCAGCCUCAAAUUCCUCACCUUAAAAUGGGAAUAAUAUCAUUUGUCCUGCCCUUCUCCAGGGGUUUUAAAAGGAUGAUACUGUGUCAAAGUACUUUGUAAACUGUGAAGUGCUAAGUGUAAGGUGAUCGUGUUAUUACUAUGCUUCAGGGAGAGUUCUCUCCCUCCGUUUUCCUGCAGUUUAUCAGAGCUGUCACAUAGAAGUAGAGCAGCUGCUCCAUAAAUGGCCAACAUGUUCCUAAUCUGAGUGUGUGGGCUAUUAGUUAAACCCCUGCCAUUCUCUAGUCGAUACCAAUGCUGUGCCAAAUUAAAGAAGACAACCAGGAUUAAGCCAAUUUUGGGAAGGAACUAAAGUGUGUGCAUUUAACUAAAAUGGUUUUGUAGCUUUUAUGAUCUACAAAUGAAUAUAUCUUAAUGAUGUGAGCAGAAAUGGCAAUAUUAUUUUGAACUUGGCUGUGAGUACGUGACGAUUUUUGGCUUCUUAAAGUUGAAGGUAGGAGUUAUUGACCCAGUGAUGUGUGUACGUGUGGAUUUUUGUUUGUUUGUUUUUAAUGAAAAUUAAGGCUCCUCUGUGUGGACUUUUAUUUUUUUGGUUAUGACAGGCCUUAGAUUAGACCAGCAGUUUUCCAAGUGUUGCCCUUGGAUCCAUUCUUCCAAGAGCCUGUGUGAUCAAAAUUAUUUUCAUAAUAAUAUGAAUACAUUAUUAGCCUUUUCACUCUUACUCAAAAAAGUACAAAAAUGUAAAACAAUGCCACUCUUUCCACAAAUCCUUUUUGUUUUUAAAAAUACAUUUUUUCAUACAAAUAUUAUGUUAGCAUAUAAUGGGUUUAUUAUUUUUAAGUGAACUAAUAUGUCUAAAGUAUCUUUUUUGUUUCUUGUUAUGGUAAGUACUGAUAGAUAUAAACCACAAAAACAAAAGCUCUUUUGAGUCUGGAUCCCUAAUAAAUUUUAAGAGUGUAAGGUGGUCCAGAGGUGGAAAAGUUUGAGAACCUGGGAUUAGACAAGGGAAAGGGAGCAGGAUCUUCUACUAGUAUCUAUUCUUGCAACUUUAUUUCACAUUUUCAGCUCCUGAUCCUGCAUUUAAUUAUGCCUCUUAGAGAUCCCUGAAUUGCAGUAUAAAACAAUGAAUGUAGAUCCUUGAAACAAAAGCCACCUGCUUAAACUGAUCAAUGAUGACAGCUUUUUAUACUAAUAACUGGUAUCAGUCAUAGAUCUCAUGGUGGCUUUCACAUGAUAAUGGCAGGCUAAACAAAACACCACUUUCUUCAAGAACAUUCAUUUAGGUUUAUUUCUUUUUUAUUUUGUUUGGGUUUGUUUUUUAAUCUUCAGCUACCCUAUCUGGCCUUAUAAACUCAGAUUCUUCACAUUUAUCAUAAAUAAGGGGCUUCUUGGAACAAUAUAUAUUUUUUAUGCUUUUGUCUUUUCUUACAUAAUUGAUAUUAUAUUCACCUUUGACUGUUUUUAAUAAAGGUUUAUUUUUGGAGAAUAUAUUUAGUACUUUUCUUAAGCGGUAACUAAAUUGAGUCAACUGGUUUGCACUUAAAUGAAAGAAUAGGCUCUGUGGUCUUCCAGCAGAACGGUUUACAGCCUCCACAUGAAGUGGUUGUGUCUGGAAUCCCAGAAAGGGCAUUUUCUGCCUGCCUUCUCUGAAUGUCACAAUGAAGUGUACCUGUUUAAAUAAAAUGAUUUUUUUCCCUAUUGACCAGUACAAAUAAAUAGAAGUGCUGUAUUUCAUUGUCAAUGAUGACUUCAAGAUGGAUGAUCCUCAUAAGAAAACUGUGGAGGUAGCUUUAACUUGGCUCUGUGUAAAUAGCAUGUAUUUUAUUAUAUUUCACAUUUUUUAAACACUUGGUUUACAUUAAAUUAUGGUAUUUAACUAUUUUUAUGUUUAUAAUAGGUAAGGUUUUUCUUACGUUUCUGUGUUUUGGAAUGCUAAAUAAAGCUAUUUUUAA